GCAACCCUCAGCGUGUCAUCAUCUCUUCACUCACUUUAGCGAACCGGCUAGUCAGUAAGUGAAGCGCAGCUCUCAAAUGGGGCACUUAAAACACAGAUAAACCGAUUGAUUACCUCCUCACCCGGUAUAUUUCGAGUGGCCAUGGGUGACACAGAGCUGGAGCUCUCCCCCGCCCAGCUUGAUGAGCUACAGAAGAGCCCGUCAGCCUCGUCCACCUCCACCACCUCCUCUCUUUCCCUGCCCUCUUCUCCCUCCUCUGGCCCUCGUCCCCUCACCAGCUCCAGCCCGAGCAGCAGCGAUGGCCUACCCACCUCCAGUCCUCCUCUGGAUGUCAUAUCUGAGGGAGUGGGUGAACUCAGCCUGGUAAUCGACACCGAGGUGGCUAAGAAAGCCUGCCAGGACGUGCUACAGAAGGUAAAGCUCCUGAAGGGUGAUGGAGAAGUUUCUUCAUCCAACGCAGAGCCCAGUCUGGUGAACGGUUCUGUGCAUCCUGAGCCCACAGAUGCAGGAAGUGGUGGAGGAAAGCAUCCUAAGAUCAGCGAGGAGGCGGCAGAGCCUGUGAAGAGCGUACGGCGCCGUCAGAAGAACAACUCCUCCAAGCAGUCCUGGCUUCUGAGGCUCUUCGAGUCCAAGCUGUUCGAUAUCUCCAUGGCGAUCUCUUAUCUUUACAACUCCAAGGAGCCUGGCGUGCAAGCCUACAUUGGCAAUCGACUCUUCAGCUUCCGUAACGAAGAAGUGGACUUUUACUUGCCCCAGUUACUCAUUAUGUACAUCCACAUGGACGAGGACGUGGGCGAUGCCAUCAAACCCUAUGUUGUGCACCGCUGCCGGCAGAGCAUCAAUUUCUCCCUGCGGUGUGCCUGGCUGCUGGGGGCCUACUCGUCUGACAUGCACAUAUCCACACAACGCCACUCCCGUGGUACCAAGCUGCGCAAACUCAUCCUGUCUGACGAGCUCAAGCCCUCCAGCCAACGCAUCCGCAGGGAGGUGCCCCAGCCACCCCCUUCCUGCCCCCCUCCUUUUCAUCACGGUCAGGGCAUGAGCGAACACAGCCUCUCGCCCUCUAAACGCACUCAUCAACGCUCCAAAUCUGAUGCCACUAUCAGCAUUAGUCUCAGCAGCAACCUGAAGAGAACGGCCAGCAACCCCAAAGUAGAAAGCAGUCAAGAUGAGGAUCUGAGCUCCAGCUCCGACAGUCUCGAGCUUGAGGCUGUUAAACCUGUGCGUUUGACUCCUCAGCGGGAGUUCAUCAAAUCUCUGAUGGGGAUUGGGAAGAGGCUGGCCACUCUGCCCACUAAAGAACAGAAGACUCAGAGGCUCAUCUCUGAGCUGUCUCUACUCAACCACAAGUUGCCUGCCCGGGUCUGGCUGCCCACAGCGGCCUUUGACCACCAUGUAGUCCGUGUGCCCCACACACAGGCUGUUGUGCUCAACUCAAAGGAUAAGGCACCUUACUUAAUUUAUGUAGAAGUUCUGGAAUGUGAAAACUUUGAGACGUCAAGUGUGCCAGUGAGGAUCCCAGAAACACGGAUCCGCAGCACGCGGUCUGUAGAGAAUCUUCUGGAUUGUGGCAUCACACCUGACCAGCGUGCCAGCAGCUUCUCCACAGUUCCCAAUUAUGACAACGACGACGAGGCAUGGUCUGUAGAUGACAUUGGAGAUCUGCAGGUGGAGUUUCCAGAGAUCCACACCAACAGUUGUGACAACAUCUCCCAGUUCUCAGUAGAUAGCAUCACCAGCCAGGAGAGCAAGGAGCCUAUUUUUAUUGCAGCUGGAGACAUCAGACGUCGUCUGUCCGAGCAGCUUGCCCACACCCCUACCACGUUUAGGAAGGACCCAGAGGAUCCCUCAGCCGUAGCCUUAAAGGAGCCGUGGCAGGAGAAAGUGAGUCGGAUCAGGGAGGGCUCCCCCUAUGGACACCUACCCAACUGGCGUCUACUUUCUGUCAUUGUGAAAUGUGGUGAUGACCUGAGACAGGAGCUUCUUGCCUACCAAGUGCUGAAACAGCUGCAGAUUAUCUGGGAGCAAGAGCGGGUUCCCUUGUGGAUUAAGCCCUACAAGAUCCUGGUCAUCUCUUCAGACAGUGGAAUGAUUGAGCCAGUGGUCAAUGCUGUGUCCAUUCACCAGGUGAAGAAACAGAGCCAGCUGUUGUUGCUCGAUUACUUCUGGCAGGAGCACGGCAACUGCACUACAGAGGCUUUUCUUACUGCUCAGCGCAACUUUGUCCAGAGCUGCGCUGGCUACUGCCUCAUCUGUUAUUUGCUGCAGGUGAAGGACAGGCACAAUGGAAAUAUCCUGCUGGACUCUGAGGGUCACAUCAUUCACAUUGACUUUGGCUUCAUCCUUUCUAGCUCUCCACGAAACCUGGGCUUUGAGACGUCUGCCUUUAAACUUACCAGUGAAUUUGUAGAUGUGAUGGGAGGUCUGGAUGGAGACAUGUUCAACUAUUACAAAAUGCUUAUGCUUCAAGGCCUCAUCGCUGCACGCAAGCACAUGGAGAAGGUCAUCCAGAUUGUAGAAAUCAUGCAGCAAGGUUCUCAGCUUCCUUGCUUUCAUGGAUCCAGCACCAUCCGUAACCUGAAGGAGCGUUUCCACAUGAACCUGACGGAGGAGCAGCUGCAGGUUUUGGUGGAGCAGAUGGUCGACGGUUCCAUGCGCUCCAUCACUACCAAGCUGUAUGACGGCUUCCAGUAUCUCACAAACGGCAUCAUGUGAACAGCAGCGGAAACGUUCAGGCCAGUGUUCACACAAACUAAAGCGCAAGAAUUGGGGAAGAGGCUGUACCACUUUCAAAAACCACUCCUAAGGCCUGCCUCCCGUUACCCCUAACCUAUCAGACUGUUUAGCUAUCAUUGUGGAUUUUUUUUUUACCAUGACUGAAGAAGUCUUGAGCUGUGAAGUAACUGCCUUUUCUCUACAGCAUUUCCUUUUGUUUAAACUCUUCCCCAUUUUUUUUGUUGGAUUGUCUUGUUUUUCUCUGGAUGUCCCUUCAGAGUUGAAUUUUACUCAGCUUUCCAGGGCCUCAUUUAAACACUAGGCUAGGCUGAUCUGUGAAGUCAACACAGCCCAUAUCGUUACCGGUUUUGUUUUAUGCUAAACUGCUAAUGCUGUUUGCCUUGGAUGAAUAAAUUACUGGUAACAUUCGGAAUUUUAACAUGCAUAUGUGAUGCAGCUGAGGUGUUAUGGUGAAAAUUAUGUUGUAGCUAGGCCUGUAAAUUGCAUUGUGUAAUGAGAGAAUUGGAUGGUAAACAUUGCUGCGUUGUCUAACCUUGUCAAGUCAGUGUUACAUUAAUUGUUUUCUAAGAGAACUUCAAGUCACUCACAAAUUCUCUGCUGCACAAAUAAGAGAACCAUUAAGAAACUGUUUAAUUUGAUGCAGAUGUUUGUAAAACACCAAAGACACAGACCAGCAACUUCUCCAAUCAAAUAAAAGUUUUUCAACCUGGUCAAUUUAAUCUUUAACUGAUACAGAAACUGAUAUAAAAUAUCUUUUAAAAUAUUCUGGUUUGUAUUCUAGGUCAAAUAAGUGUCAAAUGUUGUAGACUGAAAAAUGAACUGCUGGAUUGAGAAACAUGAACACUAUUUAUUGCCCAUUUACAAAUAUUUCAUAUAAAUACAUGACUUAUGAAAUGCAUCUCUAUCCAUUUGUUUGUCUGUGGAUUUCAUUUUAUUUUUGUUGUUUUGUUUGGCACAAGUUAGAAUCAAAGUUGUGCUGGUUUGUUCAGCUAACGGAAUUUAUCAUGUACUUUUCUUACAGCUAACCUCAAGCUGAGGUGGGCAGCCAUGUGUAAAUGUGUGAUUGUAUGGUGCUCAGAUGUUAGCAUGAAAAGUGGAAAGGGCUAUGAAAAAGUGGGAGAAAUCAACACAUUAAUUAUUUGUUUUAUGAAUUCCUACACAUGUACAGGUAUAAAAUUCCUUGCCUAAUAUUCUUUGUUUUAUUCUUGUGGGGCUUGUUGAGCCUUGUCUUAUUUCCCUGUGACACCAAUGCUAUUUAUCCAUCUCUUAUUAGUUUGAAUUAAUCAGUGAAAGCCCCAAUUUCCUUUCAUUUGUUUGCCUGUGUAAGGGCAAAUUAACGUGCACAUUUCCAAUGGCUUUUCUUUCUCACAAUUGUAUACCUCUGUUUCAAUGUCAAACUCUUUUUCUUUCCUUUGAAACUUGUAAAACAGACCAGCUCUUAAGAUCAUGUGAAUAACCUUCCUUGUGAAUGUUCCUUUGUAUAAUAAAUUAAAUGUACCUGAUCCACACAUUUUAUGUUUUAAAAAUAUAGUCUUUUG